AUGCUUUUCCCUCUUCCACCCCUCGAACGCGACACGACGGCCCAUGCUUCUCCUUCGUCUACGGUCCAAUCUAUGGAAUUGAGGGCGGGAGGUGUGGAUUGGGAGGCACCGAAGGGGUAUAUGUUCGCUUUUGGUAUGUGGAUUAUUGGUGGGUUUGACGAAGAGGACGAGGAGGAAGAAUCGCCAGUGCCCGUCGUCGCACGAGUCGGAGUCAGGUUCGGGCAUCCAAGCUAUCUAAGUCCGAUUACGCCAAUGCAAACCGGUUGUUCCUCACCCGGAAUAAUACCCUCAGAGAAACGUGUGCGACCUAGGACCCCCCAACCCGCCGAGUCUUCCAUCGGCAUAACAGUGACACAGCCUCCGACCACCGCCCUACCACUACCACAGUUGGCAGGCAACAUAGAACCCCCGGUGCUGAAUCCUCACGAUACAGAACCGACAUCUACGAAGCUGGAGAAAGUAAAGUUCGCGAAGGGCAAAUCUUUUAAGAGAGAUAUGGCCAUUCUCUCUAUCGCGUACACCCUUCAAGAAAGUCCCGAACUCAAGAGGCUCAUCCAGCUUAUCGUUGUCAUCCGCGAUAAGGACUCGGAAGGCCAACUUACCGAAAUUCUCGAAACCUGUGCUCGGUUCAUUGUUCAACUCGCAUCUGCUACUGAUGCCCAGCGUGCAGAAGCCACACGGGCGAUAACGGCCUUCAACGAGACAGUUGCAAAGCUGAAGACUAUCCAACUCAAUGGCAACGGAAAAUCCUUGGAUGCCAGUGGAUUGAUGGAUCAAGCCUUCAUUCGCCGUCUCGAGAAACUCAAACGAGCCUUGAACGAAUUUACAAAGACCCUCGGAAACAUAGCUGGAGAAUGUGACGAACUUAGUCGUCGCAAUUUGCUUUCACGGUACUUGCAACAAAGCGCUCACAUGGGUGACCUUCAAGCUAUCAGAAUAAGACUGAACGAUGCAAUCCAAUUGUUUCAGACCGAAAAUUCGGUCAAUAUAAAGCUGGACACCGAGGAACUUAACCGGAAAAUUGAUUUCGCGUCACUGAGCGGCCUGCCAAGCCAUCCAAGCUAUACACGCAACGAUUAUCUUGAGAAGAGUCGAGAUGACGUUAUACGUGAUGUUUCCGACUGGAUAGCUAACGCCCCAGAGUCUGUCCUGUGGGUACAUGGUGCUGCUGGCCUAGGUAAAUCGACUGUCGCUCAGGAACUGGUCCACCUUCUCAAAUCGGAGGAGCGCCUUGCUGGGGGCGUAUUUCUCACCAAUCUCACUACAGAGCCCCCCGAGAGGGUCAUUCAGAUGAUCUCCAGGCAGCUCGGCGCGAUGUAUCCGCGAGCCAUCAUUAACAUUGCUGACGCUGCAAGGACACUCAAUGGCCCGCACGACAGGCUCAAGGAUUAUUUCACAGCAUAUAUUCUCGACCCAAUCCGUGCACUAAAGUAUCCUUAUCAGCUUGUCGUUGUUGUCGAUGGUCUGGAUGAAUGGCGCAAUUAUGAGUCAUUCCUGGCAGAACUUGUGCACAUCCCAUCACCCUCUCCUUUAAAAUUUGUCCUGACAAGUCGCUUCAAUUACUCCAUUGAACGGGCGGUCGAUAAAAUGCCAACUCGCAAAUACCCUCUUCCACCGGCCUCACAGACAGUUAUUGCGCAUUACUUCCAUCAGCACUUCUUGUCAGGCGAUGUUGAUUGGAAAGGGCGCAAGCCCGAUGAUGUCAAAAUCCAUCGAUUGGCAGCUCGUGCAGAUGGUCUUCUUAUUUGGGCAGCAACCGCACGAUUAUUGGUAACAAAUAAAUUUGACACUAGAUAUCCGCACGAAAUACUCGACCAACUCCUGUCAUCUGAAGAGAAGGUGGUCAAUCGGAAAGAUGGUCCAGAAGAUGGGCAGCUUGAGCGCCUAUAUCGCGGUGCUAUUUCAACCCUUUUCCCACCACGCAUUCGAGGGAUACUCAGAGACUUCCUUGCGGCAACUGUAGUUCUUCAGGAAGCCCUACCAAUUGGUGAUUUUGCACAUCUCUUAGGCAUAUCUGGGCCUGCCACAGAGGAGAUUCACCAGCGGCUGGCAGCCUUGCAGACGCAGGGCGAUCCCAAAACUAAUCUCAUAUCACCAGCCUCACAACGAUUCCAUGCGUCAUUUAUUGAAUUCAUCACCACAGAGACUGUUGACCAGACAUUUCAAGCCAUUAGCGCUAUAGAAGCAAACUCUAUGCUGGCGAAGAGAUGCAUUGAGAUUGUCUUUGGCAAAUUACUCCCAUCUUCUCGGGGAAAGACUUGCACUUACACAGAGCUUCGUGGUGUAGAACCAUAUGUUGUCAAAUUUUGGCCUCUUCACUUUUCAAGUGGAACCCCACAUCAACAAUUGGCAGCACCAAGUGGUACAGUGGGUAUGGAUCUGAUAUCGGAGGAAGCGAUGCAUCGUUGGGCUACACUGUUUCUACCUUGUAUCGCAGCCAGAUUCCAGGGUGGCCAUGAUUCUCUUGAAGGCAUCCAAAAGUCUGUGCUACCUUAUAAGGUAGCUGUUAUGAUAGGGAAUCAAGAUGUCACCACACUGUCAUAUCACAUUCAGUGUCUCAAGAUUGCCACACAAACCCAGCCACAUGAUAAGGGGACAUGGAAGGCAUUAGGGUUUGCCUAUCGCAGAUUGCAUGAACAAAGCCAAUCUAACAGAGACUUGGACGAGGAAAUUACUGCAUUUCGUCAUGGUCUGGAACCAGCACCUCAUCCGGAUCACUCCCAGUCACUCAAUUACCUUGCCUAUUCCCUUAAAAGUCGUUUUGAUCGGCAGGGCGCUUCAAACGACCUUGACGAAGCAAUUUCCUUGCACCAAGAGGCACUUCUUCUUCGGCCAGCACCUCAUCCAGAACGCUCCUCAUCACUCAAUAACCUUGCUAAUGCCCUUCAAAGUCGUUUUGAACAGCAGGGUGCUUCAAAUGACCUUGACAAAGCAAUUUCCUUGCACCAAGAGGCACUUCUUCUUCAGCCAGCACCUCAUCCAGAUCGCUCCUCAUCACUCAAUAACCUCGCCGCUGCCCUUCAAGGUCAUUUUGAACAGCGGGGCGCUUCAAAUGACCUUGACGAAGCAAUUUCCUUGCACCGAGAGGCACUUCUUCUUCAGCCAGCACCUCAUCCAUGUCGCUCCCAUUCACUCAAUAACCUUGCCAAUGCCCUUCAAAGUCGUUUUGAACAGCGGGGUGCUUCAAAUGACCUUGAUGAAGCAAUUUCCUUGCACCGAGAGGCCCUUCUUCUUCGGCCAGCACCUCAUCCAGAUCGCUCCUCAUCACUCAAUAACCUCGCUGAUGCCCUUCAAAGUCGUUUUGAACAGCGGGGUGCUUCAAAUGACCUUGAUGAAGCAAUUUCCUUGCACCGAGAGGCACUUCUUCUUCGGCCAGCACCUCAUCCAGAUCGCUCCUCAUCACUCAAUAACCUCGCCGUUGCCCUUCAGAGUCAUUUUGAACAGCAGGGUGCUUCAAAUGACCUUGAUGAAGCAAUUUCCUUGUACCGAGACGCCCUUCUUCUUCGGCCAGCACCUCAUCCACGUUGCUCCCGGUCACUCAAUAACCUCGCCAUUGCCCUUGAAACUCGUUUUAAAUGGCAGGGCACUUCAAAUGAUCUCGACGAGGCAAAUUCCUUGCGCAGAGAGGCACUUCUUCUUUGA